AGUAUUGUGCAGGAGCAGCAGACUCCCCGCAGGGAUUCCUAGGGUUACACACCGUACUGUCUAGAUGGCUGACAGAAAAGAAUAAGUUAGUGAACCGUCCUGCAAACACACUGAGAUCAUUCGCGAAGUGUCUCAGUUCACUAUUUACGACACAAUGGAGCAAGAAUUUGAGGACAUUGACUCGUCCGGGAGAUGGCAAAACCUUUACAAUGAGAUCCGCAACCAAGCAAGUGAAUACCCAUACAGAGUGGCAAAGCUUCCAGUGAAUCGGAAUUUGAACCGCUACAGAGAUGUCAGCCCAUAUGAUCACAGUCGGGUAAAACUUGAAAACUGUGAAAAUGACUACAUCAAUGCAAGUUUAGUCGCGGUGACAGAAGCCCAAAGAGCCUACAUUCUUUCUCAGGGACCUUUGAGGAAUACCUGUGGUCAUUUCUGGUUGAUGAUUUGGGAGCAGUGUACCAAAGCUGUGAUCAUGCUUAACAGAGUGAUUGAAAAAGGAUCUGAAAAGUGUGCACAGUACUGGCCAACCACAGAUGAGCUACAGAUGUCUUUCACAGACACAGGGUUUGUUGUGAGGCUACUUUCAGAGGAGGACCAAUCCCAUUUCACAAUCAGAGUGCUAGAACUGCAGAACACAAAGACUGGUGAGUCGAGAGAGAUUUACCACUUUCACUACACCACGUGGCCUGACUUUGGCGUUCCGGAGUCUCCUGCCUCCUUCCUCAACUUCCUCUUCAAGGUUCGGGAGUCCGGCUCAUUGGACCCAAAGCAUGGCCCGUCAGUGGUGCACUGCAGUGCCGGGAUCGGACGCUCAGGAACCUUCGCCUUGGUGGAUACCUGCCUGGUCCUGAUGGACAGGAGGGAGAACCCGUCAUCCGUGGACAUACAGAGGGUGCUGCUGGGCAUGAGGGAAUACCGCAUGGGCCUGAUCCAGACCCCCGACCAGCUGCGCUUCUCCUAUAUGGCCGUCAUCGAGGGAGCCAAACUCAUCCUGACGGGCAACUCGGCAGCACAGCAGAACAAGCUGAGGGUGCUGUCAAGGGAUGACUUGGAGCCAGAUCUGCCCCCUCCACCACCCCCACCCAGACCUCACCUCAAUGACAGCAGGCCCAACGGACCCUGCCUGGAAGCACAGGACCCCUCUGGAGACCACCUGCUGGCAGGAGAGGCAGACAGCCAAGACCACAACGUGGUGAACUCUGGGCAUGUGAGAAAGCGACACCGUGAGGAGAGGAUUGCCAGCACUGCACAGAGGGUCCAGCAGAUGAAACAGAGACUGACGGAUUCGGAGAGGAAACGAGAGAAGUGGCAGUACUGGAGGCCCAUCCUGCUCUACGUCGGUGUCGGGACAGCCUUGGCCGUCGGCCUGCUGUGCUGGAUGUACUCCCAGUGAAACACUUUGGGUCACUUAAAACUGAUUCCUAUUUUGCACCGGUACCUGGGAUUAGGUACUUCUUCUCUAGGUAGAUUUAGAUGGUAAUAUGUGUAUAACUGAGGGUAUUUAUUUCUUAAGGUCAAGAUGCGGGAGCGCUAGAUCAAAUGAGUGUGUGUAUAUUUUUCAUGUAAGAUCUUAACAAAAAUAGUAACAUCUCAGGAUCUUGGUGCCAGCACGAUGAUUUAAUUUCCUUUCCUUCUUGUCACUGUUGAAUGAAUGUACUGUAUCAUAGUAAAAUGGCUUUGAUAGAAAUGUACUAAAGGUGCAGUACUAAGAAAAAAACUCUGACAGGUUUAUUUUUGCAUUCUUUAUUUGUAAUGGUCAGAUGUGUGUUUAUCAUCCGUGGACACAUUUGACAUUUUGCAUUUUAGAAUGAUUUGUGUUGACUGCCCAUCCUACCAUAGAUGUGUAGGAAAACUCCAGGGCCUAGAGGUCAACUAUGGGAUGUUUGUUUUUUUUUUUUUGGAUUGUUUUCAUGAAAUGAAAUGCAUGCAUUUAGAGGUUUUCCAGAGCACCACUUGUUCUUCCAUUCACAUUUAGCAGGGCAUCCCAAUAUGGCCAGAUAUAUAUUUUUGUGUGACUGGACACUUCAUAGGGAGCUGCCUUGCCAAUGUUUCAAACUCAGCUAGAAUGUUAACCUUUAAUUUUCUGCUAUAUGAGCACGUUUUGUUUCUUGUUUUUACUUUUCAUAGCUUUUGGUUGUCACAUGGAUCAUGCAUACUGUCGGGUCCCUCCGAUUAGUGCUUGUAUUUACCCACUGGAUGGGCUCGUGUAUAUGUUCAGGUUAUCCCACUGUUGUUUUUGAGGAAACCAAAGCAAAGCUGUCCGUUUUAGAAAAGUAACAGCCAGGCAAGCUGUUAAAAGAGGAAACCCUUGUACCCCCAUUCUGUGGAAUGUAUCUUCUGUUGGAUCUAUGACAAAACUGACACCUGUACUUGUCAUGAAACCUUUGCAUUGCGUGUGCAUGUGUGUGUGUGUGUUUGUGUGUGUGACUCCUUAAUUUGAGCCCAUAGCAUCACACAAUUGGCUUUCAAUUGACUGGGACCAAUGUAACGCUAUAAUGGUGCAAUUUAGAAGAUGGGACAGAGGGCCCUGGAGUACAUUCAAAGUCAGGAGAGAGUGAUAGCCGUCACAUCUGUCCCCAUUCAUUAGCUGGUUGACAUAGUUUUUAAUGUGCCUUGAAGUGAGUUACAUAAAAUAAAUGUGUGUUCCAAAGUUUUCCAGCAGGAUCAGUACAGAAGGAGAAAUAUGUGAGCUGUUGUGUCCCACAAAACAUGAUUAACAAGUUUGCACUGAAUAGACCGACUUUGAGGUGUUGUACGAUACGUUGUUAGUCGAUUGUACACCAACUGUGUCGUUAGCAUGUAGUGACUCCUGAAAUGAAAUGUUCAAAUGGCUGUGGUUGGCUUUUGCUUUUUCUCAUUUAACCCAGAGGACAUAUGUUUGACUGUAACAUUUUGUUCAUUCUUAUUUUCCACAUAAGAUUUCAGGGGAGUUUUGUACACUGCUGACCUGCAGUGAGAAAAUGACAGAUGAGGUGUUUUGAGAAAAAAAAGCUAAGAAAACAUGAAAUACUUCUUAAAAAAAUUAAACAUUCAUUUUUUUUAAACCAAA